AUGGCUUCAUUACUGAACAGUGAGCUUGUCCCUGCUGUCCAAGAUGGAGGUGUAGGUGGUCAUGAUUUACUUGCUCACACAACAAAAAGAGGAAAACAACCAAUUGAAAACAACAAACCACCAGAAAAAUCUUUGACCUUCAAGGACGUAUCAGUAGAUUUCUCUUGGGAGGAGUGGGAAUGCCUAGACCCAGCUCAGCGGAAACUGUACUCAGAUGUGAUGUUGGAGAAUUACAGCAACCUGGUCUCCCUGGCUAUGUCAUCUGCAGACAACCAGGACUUUUCUCUAAGGUCAGGAAGAGAAGAUUUAUUCUUUGAAGCAACACUGAAAAUUCAUACCAGCAAGAAACCUUAUGAAUGUACACAGUGUGGCAAAAGGUAUGGCCAGACUGGACAUCUGACUCAACAUCAGAAAAUUCAUUCUGGCAAGAAGCCUUAUGAAUGUACAUAAUGUGGCAAAACCUUUCGUCAGACUGCACACCUGACACAACAUCAGAAAAUUCAUUCUGGAGAGAAGCCUUAUGAAUGUACAGAAUGUGGGAAAGCCUUUAGGCACCAAUCAACACUUACUCAACAUCAGAAAAUUCACACUGGAGAGAAGUGUUAUGAAUGUACACAAUGUUGGAAAGCCUUUAGACACAAGGGAACACUUAUUAAUCAUCAGAAAAUUCAUACCGGAGAGAAGCGUUAUAAAUGUACACAAUGUGGAAAAGCCUUUAUCUGGACCUCACAACUUACUCAACAUCUGAAAAUUCACACUGGAGAGAAUCCUUAUGAAUGUACACAGUGUGGGAAAGCCUUUAGCCAGACUGCACACCUGACUCAACAUCAGAAAAUUCACACUGGAGAGAAGUCUCAUGAAUGUACACAAUGUUGGAAAGCCUUUACACACCGGGGAACACUUACUAACCAUCAGAAAAGUCAUACUGGAGAGAAGCCCUAUGAAUGUACACAAUGUGAUGCACUUCAGACAGGGAGAGUGCUUUGGAGGAGAGGAGUUGUGAAAGCCAGUGCAGGGUCAUCGAGGCAGGUCAUGGAUGCCACGUGGGACCUUGAUUCCAAUGGGUACUGCAUGCUUUUUAUAGCUAAACUGUACCCCUUCAAGUUUUUAUUAGAUCACCUGAGGAGAUCUAAGAAAUGGCAUUGCCUGUGUGCUCCCAGACAGAGGUAG